CUCAAAAUAACAAACUACAGCAGCACAUAAUAACACUUAGCCAUGAUGUGUGAGCAGAGAGGAGAGAGGAUGCUCCGCCUUCAGGCUUCAUAACCAGAGACACACUGCUCCAGUCUGUCUUUGUGACUCUGCUGGGACUGAGAAAGAAAGCCUCGAGGGCCUGACAGAUGACGACUGGCUGCAUGAGGUCGACCCUGGAGCCUGAACAUCGACUGAUGACACAGGAGAGCGGCCCCUAUGGGCUUCUGGUGGACAGGAAGUCAGGGAUGGAGGAGGAGGCUCUCUGUGCAGAGAAUCAGGACCUGAUGAAGAAACCUCGCAGGAAAGACACACCUGUCCUAAAUUCUCCUCCACAUAUACCAGGAGCCAGAGUCCUGAAAGCAGGGAAUCAGACGGUGCACUUAGAAGACGAGGAGAAGGACGCGAAGGAUUGAAGCCUUGUUCACUUUUAUUUAUGUUUGAUGUUCAAGUUUCAUUAAAGGAUUCUAUAACCAGA